AGUGAUGAUAUGUCACCAGCAGCAGAGAGUUUGGAGUUGAGACACGCUCCUCUUUCAAGACGGUGGAUUGGUUAAUUACCUGUGGAUAGAAUGUGCGCCGGACAACCACGCGGUAGUCAAACUUCCUGCUAGGGGUCUACUUCUUCACACUUGGCUUUGUUGGUUUGCUGUUUGAGGUGCGGUGCCUGGUCGCUUGCAACAACGUAGACCCGGCCCUCUUUGAUUUAAGUGUCAUGACCCAUGUUGCUUUCCCAUACUGAACUAGUCGAUGAACUACCAAAGAUAGUGAGUCUAAACGCGUCUGAGAGGAAAAAACUUAACGAUAACCGCAGAUCCGCCCAACUUGAACGCUGGAAGAAAUCCCAAGAAAGUGAAGAAAAUGAGGACCUCAUCGAGACACAACAACACCCGAAAAAGCGGAAGAAGGAAUCCCGACCGUUCUUUGACCCGGGUCUUGUGCUACUGAACUGUGCAGCUCUUGGGGAUCAAGAGGGAGUUAGGAAGCUGCUAAGUGAGGGGGUUAAUCCUACUGUUUACAAUGUGGAUAGAAUAACACCUCUCCAUCAGAGUUGUUUAGAAAACGACGAGGAGAUAACGGAGUUGCUAAUUGAAGCAGGAUGUGAUAUUGACAGUUUAGAUAAUGAGCUGUGGACUCCGCUCCACGCUGCUGUAUCCCUCGCUAACUACGAAUGUGUCGACCUCCUUCUUAAACACAACGCCAAUCAGCUAAGUCCGAAUGUUGACGGACAGUUACCUCUGGACCUGUGCGAAGACAAACUUAUCCUAGAGCUGAUAGAUCGAGAUCUAAUAGAGAAGGGGAUUACAGAAAAAGACUUGGCUGAAGCCCGGACAAGUCAAGAAACAAAGUUUUUCAACGAAGUCAGACAAUUGUUGGAGCACGGUGGUAAUCCAAACUUUCAGCUUCUUGAUAACGAUGCAACUCUGCUACACGUGGCAGCAGCUAAUGGCUAUUCGAAGGUCGCCCUCUACAUCCUCUCCAAGUCUGGCAAGGUAGAUAUACAAGAUAUCGACGGUUGGACACCCCUCCAUGCAGCAGCUUUCUGGGAUGAAGUUGACAUUAUAGAACUACUCGGAGCACACGGUGCUGACUUCAAAAUUAGGACUUUUAGCGGAGAGCGUCCGGCCGAUCUCACGGAAGAUGAGGACAUCAAGAAUUUGUUACAGCGGUUAUCGGAGAGGAGUGAGCUGAUGAAGAAACAUCCUGGAGGUGCUCUUAGACCUUCCAGUGUCAGAGGAAAGGGGCUAUUAAGAAGUUCCAGUUCUGGGCGGCUAGUGAGUCGCAUGACCACUGGCGAGAGAGAGGACAAAAGACGUGAGAGUGCUGAACUACACAACGUGUUUGUGGAACAGAUUGAACAGGACGCGUCUAAGCGACCCGACUCGUGGAGGGUCCGGACAGGAAAGUACGUUAGACCCGCUCUCAGAGAUCUGACAUUCGACGCUCCCGCCUCCCCUGUCAUUCAGGAGAAGUUAACAGACCAUAACAUUCCCGAGAACGAACCAAGCUGUAAAGGAAUGGCAGACGUCCAAACGUCACAGCGGCCCAGCUUGGAACGAAGUGCUUCCAUCUCAGAAAAUAGUGAGGAUUACCAGAAUGGUCAGACUGAAGCCUUGUCAUCCAUCUGCGAGAAUGGGGAGGCAAAAGACACCUCUUCAGAGUCCGAGUUAAAAGAGGCGUUGCUACCAAAACACGAGGAUAUUUCAUUAAAUGAUAUACAUGUGACGUCAUCAGAUGAUAAAGAAAACUCUGAUAUCAAUCAGGUGAGUGACAGUAGCAUAACUGAACCACAUCAGGCCCGCAGACAGGUAUCCUUGGACGACCAAACAUUUGAGCUGAUUUCACCAAGCACUGACACCUUAGCUUCAGAAGGAGUUUGGAGCAACACUCCCCACCAUGCCAACAGAAACAAGGACAGUGUUGUGUGUGUUAACAAGUCCUCCAACAUGAGGAAGGAGAAGAGUUUUGAUGACCUGGUCAGCUCGAACGAGCAGGACUUCAAAGGAGCCUCCUCUGUCACCUCCGCUGCCCAGCACCAGCCUCUCUCCAGGUCCACAUCGUUAGUGCACAACAACGUUCCACGAGCCACGGGGCAUGUAAAGCGGUACUACUCCUUCAGAGACAACAUGGAAGAAAGCAACCCCCGCUACUCACCCAAACCCUCCAACAACAAGACAGCUUACAAAAACAGAAAGAAAGCCGGAUCGUCGGUAAGUAAGCAGAGCUCAGCGGAAGAGGACACAUUAACCAACUCUGUCCAAUCCUCCGGUGACGUCACCAACUCUUGUACGUCACCAACUCUUGUCUCGUUACUGUGCCUGCCUCUCCCAAGGAGAAGAAAUCAAUAGACACCACCUGGACGGAUCCCAACGGAGAUGCCGGAAAAAGUGCCGCUCCCUCUCAGACGGACGCCAGUUCAGUACCGGAGAACUCCAUGGCAACCCACGCUGGUUCGUUGAGCGGAGGUCAGGACGAUCCUCCCAACACCGACCAAAACGGAACUGCUGCUGGGGAGAACAAAAAAUCUAGAAAGUGUUGUGUAAUAUUGUAAAAGUGUAAUAUUUAUUUCCACGUUUUGAAAUCACAUCUGUGAAUGGUCCAGCUUGCACUAGAAAAUAUGAUUGGGUACUGCCGAAGAUAAUGUCAAGAUUUAUCUGUUACAAGUCUGUAUUAAAUUGCUGUACUACACUUUGUGACGUAGAAGAGAGAGAGAGGGGGACUGAGAGUGAGCCGUUGCUUUUUAAAGAAAUGCGAUUUGCUGGAGCAAUGGUGUCGGAAUUUGACCACCAUAUACGGUCAAAAUGAUGAAGUACCGGGCACUGCUAUGAGUGAUGAUAA